AUGGAGGUUCCUGAAGAUCGGCUCACCGCUGAGGCAGCGCGCCUCACUUCCUCGAAGGACGUCACUGCAUUGAAGGUGGUCACAUCAGCUCACCGCGCUGCCGAUUCUAAAAAGACCUCCUCUAUAAAGGGGUUGGCUGAGUCUUGUGAAGACGAUGGACAGCAGUUCAAACUCAACCUCCCCAAACGUCUUGAGUCCAAAUACAAGCAAGCCGACAACAUGAGCGAGACUGUAACGCAGUACAAACACCAUCAUCAUCUGUGGCUGUCAACUGCGGCGCCCGAGGCCCAUGUCCACGUCCCAGCCUCUGAUGAUGCCAACGUUCCCAUCAUUCCUUACUUCUCAUCCGAGCACAAGCACUACGACAACGAAGUCAUCAUCCGAAGUCCCAUGAACAUCACGCUCGACGUCAUCGUCCGAGUAGUGAGUGGGGGGAAAGCGGCGCCCGAGUCCUCGUCGGCCUCUUUCUUCAACAUGACCCUGCCGGCGAGCAAAUGUAGUCUACUCAGCGACCUGCGGCUUCACAUCGCAGUCACGGGCUCCCGCGACGCGAGACUAUUGGAAGAGGCCACAGCUACAAAGCCAGCACCACCAUGCAGCGACGACGACGACGACGACGACGAUGAUGGGCCAGGGAUCAGUCUGAGACUGCUGCGCCUCGUCCGCGACCUCAGCAAGGUGACGUUCCGGCUCGAGGAAGAUGGGCACGUCGCCAAGCUGAACAUCACGCCCACGCGGAUCGACUCCUCCUGCGUCUUUCCCGAGACCGAGUACGAGGCCUGGUAUUAUCGCAAUGUCCUGAGGGGUAACCAGAGGGUGUACACGGUCGAGGUCAAGAUCGAGGCUUGA